UGUGCGUCCCUUCAGUUCGCUGCCGUUGCCAGAACCUCAUCUCAUGGAUUUACUUCAGUUUGGACUUUGAACUAUGUAAUUCACUCUUCCAGCUUCAUUGUCUCAAGGGAGCCAGAGACUGUGCUGCUCAGUUGACUCACUGAAACUGCAGUGAAGCUGGAACAGCAGUGCAAAAAAGGAAGUACGGCGCUAAAGCAAGGAUGAGUGAGAGGCCCGACAAGCCAAAGCGAAAGGCAUGAGGUGGCAGGAAAGCCAAGAGACCAGACACCAAUUGAUUUCAAUGUGAACACAGAGCCAUGCCGGCUCCAAUGCCAGCCUGGCACAAGAGGACCAAACUCCUGCUCACACUGCUCUUUAUCAUCUACAACCAUCAGGUAACAGGUUCACUGCUUGAAAGUCUGAUUGCUAAGCGGAAUGAAUACUCGAAGAACUGCAAUAAAACUCUGGUAGCGAGUGCACUCUCAAUAACUGGAAACUACUGCAAAGGAGCGUUUGACAUGUUUGUGUGUUGGCCCCACUCUUCUCCUGGAAAUGUGUCCGUCCCCUGUCCGUCUUUCUUACCGAAGCUCCACUGUACCAGGAACUACAUCCAUAUGAAUUUGUUUGUGUCAUUCAUCCUGAGAGCUGCAGCUAUCCUUUCUAAGGAGAUCAUAAUGCACAUCAUGUACUCCAACCUACCAAAGGACGACCCUGGAUGGAACACCUACUCGAGCUCUCCGAUAGUGAUAAUGUGCAGAUUGUCCAAGGUGUGCAUGGAGUACUUUGUGGCCUGUAACUACUUCUGGCUUUUGGUGGAGGCCAUUUUUCUUCAUACGCUGCUCUUCACUGCUGUGCUGACCAAGAGGUGUCUGCUGAAGAAAUACAUGCUGCUAGGAUGGGGAACUCCGGCCUUGUUUGUGACACCAUGGACAGUGGUCAAGAUUUUAUAUGAAAACACAGAAUGCUGGUCCAUUAUUAACAGAGGGUUCUGGUGGAUCAUAAAGGGCCCGAUCACUUUAUCAGUGCUAGUUAUUUUCUUUAUCUUCAUUAAGAUUCUGAUGUUGCUGCUGUCCAAGCUGAAAGCAGAUCAGGUGAAAUUUACCGACUACAGAUACAGCUUGGCCAGAGCAACACUGGUGCUGAUUCCUCUGCUUGGAAUCCAUGAAGUAGUCUUCACUGUGCUGAUAGACGAAUGUGUAGAUGGAAGCAGUCGCUAUGCUCGGAACUUUGUCAACCUCACCCUCAGCUCAUUCCAGGGGUUCUUGGUAGCUGUUCUGUACUGCUUCGCUAAUGGAGAGGUACAAGCUGAACUAAAAAAGCGCUGGCAGCUCUUCUUGUUCACCAACCACUUCAAGGUCAGGACCUGUUUUCGGGGAGUGCCCCUGAAGCACCUGUGGAAAUGUACUCGAGGACAUCAUCCGCGGUGCUCUCGGCAAAGUGAAUCCUAUGACGAGGGCGGCAUUUCAACAAUGCACCCCCACCUGCUCCAGGUGGCUGUGCACGGCAGAGGCAGAGUACUCGGAAAAGGAGAAGUUAAAGGUCAAGCGCUGAAUGGCUAUGAUGUGACAGGACUUGAGUUCCUCACCAGGAAGAGUCUAUCCAGUAGCGAUGGUGAGAUGACGCUUGGGGAAACCAUGGAAGAGAUUCUGGAAGAGAGUGAAUUCUGAUAUACAUACGUUUUCAAGAUUGGAUCACCAACCAGAAAACUUGUUUGUUUCAGAGCAGUGGUCCAAAUCCUCAGUCCCCAGGCCUUCGCUGACUAAGGGGACACCAAGGUAGAUAUAACUGCACAAUGGCAGGAAGUUUAAAUGUGUGGAGAAGAGGUUAGCAGACACCCUGUGAGAAAACGUUUGCAUUGAGAUUCUAAUUAGAGCAUUCUUCGAAAUAAAAUAGAUUUUUUUUCAUUCAGGGUGAAUUUUACAAACUUGCAGUAUAGAACGUGUUUACUCUAAAUUCACCAGAAGAUAAUUUAUCCUGCUGCAUUCCCAGCCACUAAGAUAUACAAGCUUCAUCCAUGGCUAUAAAUCCAUUAAUCAGAUUCUUAUGUACUUACAGUAUUCAGUGAAUUCCACGCAAUUGCAGGCACGUAAUGUUCACCUUUGAUAUUAGUACUCGCACAGUUAAAGUUAUCCUAUACACAAACAGCAGUGUUAAGCAUUUCUCUGUUUUAUUUACACAAUAUAAUAUGUCAGGCCAGUUAUAAAUAUCCAUAUGAUACAUUUGGAUUGAAUUGUGUGUAUAAAUACAAUGUAUUUGUUGUUUUAAUGUGAAUAUGUGCAGAAUGUUUUGCAGGCUUUUCAUGUUUUCUAUUCUUGUGAAGCUUAAAAUGUAUCAAAGGUGAUGUACAGGUAUAGUAAAACUAUAAGAUGAUUUGUACAUGUAGUGUCACAAAAUAUGAUACUGAUCAUAUAUAGAAA